AUGUCUUCAUCACAAUCGCCUUCAACGUCAUCUUUGUCGCAUAAGAAUAGAUCAAUGUGCAUAGUGCCUAAAGAGUGGAAAUACUACUCACCAGAGACAGUAAAUGAUGCCUUAUAUAAAAACAUCAAUAACCACUGGAAUAAUUACGGGAAAGUAGAGGGCACUGUUGUGCAAAUUGGUGAUGUAGCAGCGAGAUUAGAGUACCAGAACGACCGCUUUUGGAUGCGCAGAUACGGAGAUCCACGAAGCAAACCACAUCCCAGAGAAUAUUCUUUGACUUAUUUAGAGCAUUAUAUCCUGCCAGUUAACGAUUAA